AUGGCAACUGCUCAGAAGCAAAGGAAUUGUGUGAGUGCAGUUGUAUUUCCUAACAAAAUAGCUACUGAACAGCAAUCCCUGAUGCUAGUGAAGAGGCUUCUGGCUGUAGCUGUAUCCUGCAUUACAUACCUGAGAGGAAUCUUUCCUGAAAGUGCCUAUGGAACAAGAUACAUGGAUGAUGUCUGUGUCAAAAUUCUGAGGGAAGACAAGAACUGUCCUGGCUCUACUCAGCUGGUGAAAUGGAUGUUAGGAUGCUAUGAUGCCUUGCAGAAGAAAUACCUAAGAAUGAUUGUCCUGGCAGUCUAUACCCAUCCAGAAGAUCCUCAGACAAUUACUGAAUGUUACCACUUCAAAUUCAAGUACACCCACAAUGGGCCACUCCUGGAUUUCAGCAGUAAGAAUAAAAGGAAUGAUUCCACAAUCACCUGUGCAGACACCAAGAAAGCAAGUAUCCUCCUCAUUCGCAAGAUUUAUGUUCUGAUGCAAAACCUGAGUCCAUUACCAAAUGACGUUUGCCUGACUAUGAAGCUGUUUUAUUAUGAUGAAGUUACACCAUCUGAUUACCAACCUCCUGGUUUUAAGGAGGGUGAAUGCGAAGGGAUGAUAUUUGAAGGGGAGCCCAUGUAUCUGAAUGUGGGUGAAGUGCCAACGCCUUUUCAUAUGCUGAAAGUUAAAGUUACAACUGAAAAACAACGAAUGGAAAAUGUUGAUAAAAGCAUCCUGAAGCAUGGAGGGACUAAUGUGCCCCUCCAGGUGCUCAAAGUGGACAGAGAAGAUGCAGAAGAGGAGAACCAGGACAUGAAUGUAAGAGCACACAAGCAGAGGGGCAACUCCUGGGGCACAAGUGAAAUCUCAGAACCAAAUGUAACUUGUGAAGAUGAAGUUACGAAGGCUGGAAGGAACCAGAAUCUGUAUGUUUCUAAUCCUCAGGUUGAUCAUUUGGCAAGCAAGACGUCUGAACUUAAUAUGUCAGAGAGCAGGACAAGAAGUGGAAAGAUAUUCCAAACCAGCAUUGUUCAUCAGUUUGACCUCUCGUCGAGUCAAGAUAUGCUGCCGAAAAGGAGAAAGAUCAGUGAACCAAAGGAGCAGUUUUAG